UGGCUUCUUUCAAUCUCUCUUAUUCUCCAAUGUCAUCUCUCUCAUGCCCGCGUUUUAUUUUUUCCAGGCGCAUUCACUGCUGUAAUUGAAUGACCUGUUGCUUGGAUUUGAUCAAGGAUUUGAAUCAUUUGAAGUGAAAAGCUUGUUAAGCGCUUAUGAAGUAAGAGAGGGAGUGGGUUGAUACAAAUACUCCCUUAUUGUGUGUCACUCACUUUCCCACUUCAGAGACACUUUAGCCUCGGACAUGUAAGCAGUUCAAAAUGUUUAAUGGAUUGCACAGUAUGAAUUCAUCUUUCGUAAAUGGACACAGACAUGAACUUGCUUUUGUCCAUCUGAAUUCUAAAUUUUCUGCAAGUGACAAUGUUGCUAGUAUACCUAAAGCAACAUUGAUCUCUGGAGGAGGUGAUCUUCUUUCUUAUUCAAAUGGCAAUGAUGCUAUGAAAAGUGAAGAUUUAAAUGGCCAUGAAUCAGGAGGAAUUGAUGUACAGCCUGACGAAAUAGCAUUCGGAGCACGAGCAGCAGACGCCGUGUUAACAACCAAUGGCUUUCCUGUUGACAAGGAUGAAUUUGAUUUGGACAGGCCAUCAGAAGGAUUUGCCUCAAUUCCUGAGGCAAUAGAAGACAUUCGCAAGGGAAAGAUGGUAUUGGUUGUAGAUGAUGAGGACAGAGAAAAUGAAGGGGACCUGAUUAUGGCAGCAGAAUUGGCAACACCUGAGGCUAUGGCUUUUAUUGUGAAACAUGGAACUGGGAUAGUAUGUGUAAGCAUGAAAGAGGAAGAUUUAGAAAGAUUAAAGCUCCCUUUGAUGGUAAACAGUAAGGAUAAUGAAGAGAAACUUUGUACAGCAUUCACUGUGACAGUGGAUGCUAAACAUGGUACCACCACCGGGGUUUCGGCUCAUGAUAGAGCAGCAACAGUUUUGGCUCUUGCAUCUAGAGAUUCAAAACCAGGUGAUUUCAAUCGUCCAGGCCAUAUUUUCCCUCUAAAAUACAGGGAAGGUGGGGUCUUAAAGAGAGCUGGACACACAGAAGCUUCCAUUGAUCUUGCUGUACUUGCUGGUUUGGAACCUGUUGGAGUUCUUUGUGAGGUUGUAGAUGAAGAUGGUUCCAUGGCUAGAUUGCCGAAGCUUCGCCAGUUUACCGAGCGUGAGAAUUUGAAAAUUAUUUCCAUUGCUGACUUAAUAAGGUAUAGAAGGAAGAUAGAUAAAUUAGUAGAUCGUGUUUCUGUUGCUCGAAUUCCUACAAUGUGGGGUCCAUUUUCAGCGUACUGUUACAGAUCGCUUUUAGAUGGGAUUGAGCAUAUUGCAAUGGUUAAGGGUGAGAUUGGAGAUGGAGAAGAUGUUCUUGUGAGGGUACAUUCAGAAUGUCUGACAGGAGACAUAUUUGGAUCUGGUAGGUGUGAUUGUGGAAAACAGCUUGAACUUGCUAUGAAACAGAUUGAGGCUGCUGGGAGGGGUGUCCUUGUAUAUCUACGUGGACAUGAAGGAAGAGGUAUUGGAUUAGGUCAUAAGCUUCGUGCUUAUAACCUGCAGGAUGAUGGACGUGAUACUGUCGAAGCCAAUGAAGAGUUGGGAUUGCCUGUUGACUCGAGGGAGUAUGGCAUUGGAGCAAAGAUACUGAGGGACUUGGGUGUUAGAUCAAUGAAGCUGAUGACAAACAAUCCAGCAAAAUAUAUUGGAUUAAAAGGCUAUGGUUUGACAGUUUCUGGUAGGAUCCCAUUGUUAACUCUGAUCACAAAGGAUAAUAAGAGAUAUUUGGAGACCAAACGUGCGAAAAUGGGACAUGUCUAUGGCUUAGAAUUUAACAGCCAAUUGAGCAGUCAAGAAGGUAGCACUGGCCAUGAGGUUAACGUUGAUGAAUCUAAAGCUGUUUCAGUCUGAUCCUAAACCCGUCCCUAUAGCCCCAGAAAAAAAAAAAAAAAAGAGAACUUUUACAUAUAUAUAAAAACCAAUGUCAUUAUAGAUAGUGUGGACUUUUUACAUCAGUUUUAUAAUCAGUUAAGGCUGUAAAACAGGUGUAGAAAGGUGUAGGAAAAUUUAAAAAAAAGAAGAAGAAGAAGAAGAAGAAAUAACUUCUUCACUUAAUAUACAAUUUGUGAGUGAAAAGUUAUCUGAU